AUGGCGGCGUACGAUGGAAUCGGGAACCCUAGAGAGCACGUCUUGAGUUAUAAGACCUUCAUGGAGUUGCAAACUUUAUCAGACGUCUUGAUGUGCAAGGUAUUCCCAACAACGCUUACGGGGCCGGCGCGGGCGUGGUUCAACAACUUGGAGGCUGGGAGUAUCAGAAGCUUCAGGGAUCUGGCGAAUGCCUUCAUCAGCAGGUUCGUUGCUGGGGUGUCUGCAGACAGGAAAACGAGUUAUUUGGAGACGGUGAGGCAGAGGAGAGAUGAAUCGCUCAGAGAAUAUGUCGCUCGUUUUAAUACAGAGGCCUUACAGAUCCCCGAGCUAGAUGAGGGCAGAGCGGUGGAGGCAAUGCAGAAAGGGACGACCUCGCCUGAGUUCUUCGGUUCAUUGAGCAGGAAGCCUCCCACCUCACUAGCGGAGCUAAUGAAGAGGGUAGAAAAGUACAUCAGGCAGGAUGAUGCCUUGGUGACGAGCAGGUUUGCCAGAGGAGCGGUAGAUAAGGGAAAAGCCCCGGAGGAGAGAAGGCCGGAAAGGCAGGAGAAGAAGCAAGGCAGAAGAUCUGAAACCUACAGACAGCCCUGGGAGCGAAGGGACCAAAGACCUCCCCUUCCUAAGGUUCCUGAACAAAAAUCACUCCCUCCUUGGAUUCCAGAGAAUCUGACCCCGCUCAAUGCCUCCAGAGCCGAGGUGCUCAUGGCAGUACAGGACAAGGAGUUCCUUCAAUGGCCCAGACCUAUGAAAGCUGAAGCAAACCAGCGAGAUCCUGACAAAUACUGUCAGUAUCAUCGUACCCAUGGCCAUGACACCAACAACUGCUACCAGUUGAUUGCUGAAAUCGAGAGGCUGAUAAAAAGGGGACACCUCAGAAACUUUGUGAAGAAGCCGGAGGGGCAAAGGCCUUAG